UCUUCCUCUUCAAUCCCCACCCAUCGUCUAUCCAUAGCUAACCCAACGGAUCACAAUUCAGCAACUUUCUGUGCUUCAAUUCAGCAACUGCCUGAAUCCUCCUGCUGCAUCUUUCCUGUGUUGCUUGCUUGCUGAUAAUGAUCGUGACCUCCGGCAGCUGGUACAUCGUAUUCGUCAGCACCUGCCCGCUGGAUCCCCAGGAGCUCAAGAACUUCUACUUCUGGAUCUUCCAAAUCUUCAAUAGAUACCACCGCUCCCAAAUUUGCACCUGACUACACUCGGUCCUACACUACAUAUACGAUAUAUAUCUAUCUAUCUGCUCAUCUGCCUGAAAUAUUUACCCGGCAGCUGACACCACAAUUAGUGAUCGUAGCCUCUUCCUUUUCUUCUCCUUGGUUCUUUUAGCCUGCUCUUGCAAGAGAUAUUUGGACAGUUUGCAAGUGUAAGACAUUACAAUUCUGUGAUAUCAGUUACUCGAAGUGAGUAACGGACACCAUGACUCUGCCGCCCGGGUUCCGGUUCCACCCCACCGACGACGAGCUGGUCGGCUACUACCUCAAGAGGAAGGUGGACGACCUCAAGAUCGAGCUCGAUGUCAUCCCUGUCAUUGAUCUCUACAAGUCCGAGCCAUGGGAAUUACCAGAGAAGUCGUUUCUGCCGAAGCGUGAUCUGGAGUGGUUCUUCUUCUGCCCGCGGGACCGCAAGUACCCCAACGGGUUGCGCACCAACCGCGCGACGUGCACGGGGUACUGGAAGGCCACGGGCAAGGACCGCCGCAUCGCCUGCGACGGCGGCGUCUACGGCCUGCGCAAGACGCUCGUGUUCUACCGCGGCCGCGCCCCCGGCGGCGACCGCACCGACUGGGUCAUGCACGAGUACCGCCUCUGCCAGGACCUCGCCCACGGCGCGUCCAACUUCAUCGGGGCUUACGCGCUGUGCCGGGUGAUCAAGCGGCACGAGGCCGGGCUGCUGCAAGGCGAGCCGGCGGCCAGGGCGAAAGGAGCCAGCACCGGCGGCGCAGCUGGCGUGAGAGGCCAGAUGAGCAGAGUGCCGAGCAGCUCGUCUCUCGUCAGCAGCGAGCAGCUCAGCGCGUUCACGCCAACCAGUUUCGGCUCUCCUCCUCUGGAUGCGAGCAGAGGAAUGUGCACGAUGGCUGAAUCCGGCGACACGUUCCAGAACUCCCUUGCAUACGGGGUAGACGUGUGCGACGUGACGGCAACGGCCACCAAUGGGCUGCCGUUGAGCCCACUGCCGCCGCCCCUGUUCGCGCCCACGCCGGUGCCCAGCCACUCGUCUCAGAUGUGCGCGCCCCAGGACAUCGUCUUCGUCGGCGACGACUCCCCUGCAGCAGCUUCUGCUGCUGCUGCGAGCGAGUCGCGCUCGCACGCUUUUCUCUUCGGCGGCGACAUGGGGAGCGUCUCGGAGCACGAGCUCAAAUGGUACGACGACCUCACGUGCGCAACAAACACAUUGUCCAACACCACCGCCGCCACCGAAAUUUGGAGCCCGGCGGCGAGCCCGAUGCUGUGCAGGCAGGCGAGCGACGGCGUCGACGACCUGGCUGCGUUCUUCUUCUCGGAGGAAAACAGGGUGGUCUUCUGAUCUCAAGGAACGGCGACCACAUCACGCCUGAUCUGCAUGCUUCUGCAGAUGUCACAAGUGUAACCGGGAAAAUAAGGCUUUUCAGUAACUUGCUCUCGGAAAUGGCGGUAUAAUUUUCAGCCACGGUGCGUGUGUCUAUAUAUAUAUAUAUAUAUAUGAAUGUUUAUAUAUUUUUAACUUUUAUUAGCUGCUAAGAUCGAUUAAGAUGAUAGGCUAUUGGAAAUUGGCUGCAGGGUGAUGGCCUCUUUUAGUACAGUCUUCUCUGUAGCACGUAUAGUUGUGUUGUAUUUCGUGUCUGUAUCGUGUCACUCUACAUACAUACUGUGUCUGUCCUGUUCUGUGUACAACCGAGCUAGUACUCAAUGAAUGCUGGAGUGCUAUGUAGCCUUACUAAUUUCA